AGCUGUGAAAAGUAUUAAACGAGUUUUUGUAGAUAACAAAGUUCUUAAAAAUUGUAAUAACAUUUAGAUGUAAACAUUUUAGUUUUAUAUUGUCUUUUAUCUAUUUGCAAUAAUUUUUGAUGCACUUGUAAAGUAGCAAAUAAGAAACAGCAAAUGACCAGCCACCGAAAAUACCCCUUUGCUUUCCUAUUGAAAACUGGCUGAUGUAAACAAGUACUACACAAAAUAUUUCGUGGAUUUCGCUUUAAUAAAAAUAAGUAUAAAAUUCUUAAUAAUAAAUUGCUAACAGAAUAAAAGUUUGAACGCCUGAAUAUGCCUAACGUGCCUAUUGUAAAAAAAAGAAUUAAGUUCAUCGUUAUUUCUUCUUGCUCUCUGAUAUUACUAAUAAUACUUUAUCGUUCAUUUUUGAAACAUAAAACUAAUGGUAGUCAGUCAAUUCAAAAUUUUGAUAAAGACGAUUGGACAGCGAACUCACAAAUUGGUGAAGAUCUCGUAAAGGAUUUCACCAAUGUUCCUCAACACAUUACAAAUCAGCAGCUUCUAAAUCAAUUGGAACAGGCAAAAGUUCAAAUUUCAAUAUUAGAAGAUCGAGUUCGUGCUUUAGAAGCAAGUACGCCAAGAAAAUAUCCACAAGUUAAAUACUUAAAUUAUAAAAAUCGAAAACGGAUUCUAAUUACCGGAGGAGCCGGUUUCGUUGGAUCUCAUCUAGUAGAUACUCUCAUGGUUCAAGGUCAUGAAGUCAUCGUUGCAGAUAACUUUUUCACAGGUCGUAAACGGAAUGUAGAACACUGGCUUGGACAUGAGAAUUUCGAAUUAAUUCACCAUGAUAUCGUGAAUCCACUUUUUAUUGAAGUGGAUGAAAUUUAUCAUCUCGCAUCACCAGCCUCACCUCCACAUUAUAUGUAUAAUCCCGUGAAGACAAUAAAAACGAAUACCAUGGGUACCAUCAAUAUGCUAGGACUAGCUAAGCGUGUAAUGGCAAAAGUACUCAUAGCUAGUACUUCAGAAGUAUACGGUGAUCCAACUGUACAUCCACAACCUGAAACAUAUUGGGGUCAUGUGAAUCCUAUUGGACCUCGAGCCUGUUAUGAUGAAGGCAAACGUGUUUCAGAAACACUCAGCUAUGCUUAUGCGAAACAGGAAAAUGUGAAAGUACGCGUCGCACGCAUAUUUAAUACGUACGGGCCUCGAAUGCAUAUGAACGAUGGACGUGUUGUGUCCAAUUUCAUACUUCAAGCACUGCGUAACGAAACUAUAACUGUUUAUGGUAAUGGCAAGCAAACUCGUUCCUUUCAGUAUGUUUCUGAUCUUGUCGACGGAUUAAUUUCUUUAAUGGCUUCCAACUACAGCCAGCCAGUCAAUUUGGGCAACCCUGUAGAACACACAAUCGAAGAAUUCGCAUGGAUAAUAAAAAAAUUGGUGGGUGGCAAAAGCGAAGUAAAACAAACAGAUGCAGUCGAAGAUGAUCCGCAGAGGCGUAAGCCGGAUAUAACGCGAGCAAAAACCAUUCUCAAUUGGGAACCAAAAGUUCCACUACAAAUGGGAAUAUCGCGCACGAUUAGCUAUUUCCGGCGUGAACUUGAAAGAUCUGAUCGUUUUCAAAAAGACUCUAAAAAAUAUUUCGAUUCUCCAGAUUUAGAACGGAGCCAACAUAGUAGAAAGAAUUUUUUACCGGACAAAACUUAAUAUUGCUCUGUUUAAAAGGGAUAUAAGUUCGAAAUUUAAGUGUUGGUUUUUUAGACCGCUUAGAAAUAUUGUAAAUAAUUAUUUUGAAAACAGGGUCUGAAAAAAUAGAGCGUUUCUUAUUUAAAUAAAGAACAUUGUAAUUUAAGUUAUCUUUUCUGUAAAUAGAAGUUAGACUUCAUUUGUGUUUAGACACUUAAUUGUUUAUAACACAUCCUUUGAGAUUCUCAUGUCAUAAGCUAAGCUAAGAGAAGGCAGUUAUUUUUCACUAGUCCAAUGCAAAAGAUAAAUACGGUUUGGUUUGUAUCAGUUUGCUUGUAUAUUAAUUUUUUUACCUUAGAUUUUAGAAAAUUGAUAAAUUUUAUAAAGCAAUAAUACAUAAACAUUUAAUAAAUUUUGCGAGACAGAUUUUAUGGAGAUUAUUCUGCCUUUGCAAAUAAACAAAAUGUUGGUAAUUUUGACCACACCAUAAUUAAAUAGUGCUGGUAUCUGGUAAUCGAAUGUUUCUGAAGCGAAGUGUACACAAAAUUUCAUUGGUCAUGCGGAACGGAUUGAAAUAUAUGAAAUUAUUCUAUUUUUGGAAAAAUAUAUGUUUUUACUCCUACUUAGAAAUCACAAAUUUAUCAAUAACCGAAUAAUUUAGUUACUUACACGUAGUAAGAAUCAAAAGAAAGCAGCUCAAUCACUAUGUAUUUUAUUUUCAGAAAUAUGCAAACAGUUAGUCGUUAAUAUGUCAAGUAUAAGUAUGUAUGUAUGUAUAUAUUUUCUAAAAUUACUGUGAUACACAUUAAAUAUUAUCUAACACUUUAUUACUACCACUUAAAAGCUACUUGGCCCUUAAUGACUAGCUAAUGUAUAUAUUAUUUACAAAAAUUCAUCUACGAAGUAUUUGUUAUUCAUAUAAGUAUGCAUAUUAAAUUCACUCACAUACAAAUGUAUAAGGGUUGUACUAUACAAAUAUAUGUAUUUUGGUUUUAUUA